UAAACGGGCGUCGUCUCUCAGGGGCACCAGCAAGAUGGGCCUACUGUGGACCCCACUCUCCCUUUUGCUCCUCUUGCUUGGGAAGGCUGCCUGCCUGAAGACCCAGGACCACCCUAGCUGCCCAGAACCCAGGGAACUGGAAACCAGCAAAGUUGUCCUCCUGCCCAGCUGUCCUGGAGCCCCAGGAAGUCCUGGGGAGAAGGGACCUCCAGGUCCUCAAGGGCAACCUGGACCACCAGGCAAGAUGGGCCCCAAGGGUGAGCCUGGACAUCCGGCGACCCUGCUCCGGUGCCAGGAGGCCCCCAGGAGCUGCCAGGAGCUGCUGACCCAGGGUGCCACCUUGAGUGGUUGGUACCAUUUGUGCCUACCUGAGGGCAGAGCCCUCCCUGUCUUUUGUGACAUGGACACGGAAGGGGGUGGCUGGCUGGUGUUCCAGAGGCGACAGGACGGUUCUGUAGAUUUCUUCCGCUCUUGGUCCUCCUACAAAGCAGGUUUUGGGAGCCAGGAUUCCGAAUUCUGGCUGGGCAAUGAGAAUUUGCACCAGCUUACUCUCCAGGGUAUCUGGGAGCUGCGGGUGGAGCUGGAGGACUUUCAUGGCAACCGCACCUUUGCCCACUAUGCGUCCUUCCGCCUCCUUGGGGAGGCAGAUCACUACCAGCUGGUGCUGGGCAAGUUCUUAAAGGGCACUGCAGGGGACUCCCUGAGCUUCCACAGCGGUAAGUCCUUUACCACCCACGACGCUGACCAUGAUUCAAGUGGAAGCAACUGCGCUGUGACUGUCCACGGUGCCUGGUGGUAUGCAUCCUGCUAUCGAUCCAAUCUCAACGGGCGCUACGCGGCGUCCCAGGCCACCGCCCACAAGUAUGGCAUAGACUGGGCCUCAGGCCUUGGCGUUGGCCACCCUUACCGCAGGGUUCGCAUGAUGCUUCGCUAGGGCACCCUGGCAGCCAGCAGCCUUAUCUCUCCUGUACAGCUUCCGAACCCUCGGCUACCCCUCCCUAUUGCUAACCGCCUCUGCUCUCCUAUCCACAUUUAAAAAUAAAAUCAUUUUAACCCUUUCCUGGCUUGCAGGACUCUUGUAGUCACUGGGGAAAACUCAAGAAGGUAGAGCAGGAACACAGGUUUCAGCUCCAUUCAAGGAAGACCUUCCUUCCAAUCGGGAAGAUGGAAAGGUUGACCUCCUAAGGUAGUGAGGCUUUCAUCUCUGGAGGUGUGCAAGCCAGGACCAGAGGAGCAUUUAGUGAAGGACUUGGAAGGGAUUCAAGCAUCCACUGACAAUGCAAAACCAGGUCCUGCAAGUGGAUGGUUUUGUGGUGUGGAUCACACAGCUUUCUCACGCUCUCUGUUGCCCCAUACCUGUCCCUUCUAGGUUGUCUGUUUUCCACCCCAGCCUCUGUUGUAAGCCGAGUUCUUAUCUUCUGCUACUUCUUUGCCUGUCCCAUUAGGGGCUGGAUGAACUCAGGGUCAAACCAAGGAGGGUACAUUUCUCUUCCAUGGGGCAACAGGGUAGUGAAACAGCAGUUAC